AGAUCGCUCAGGUGACGGUAACGUCCCGGGACGUUAACCCUAGUGUAGGUCAUUUUGCACCUGGGCGGUAUUAGUUUCGUUUAGAAUAUAAAUGUAGGUAGAAAAUUCGGGAAAAAUAGGCAUUUAUGUUCGUUUUAAAUAUAGCAACAGGUAGGGAAAUCGGGUGAAAAAUGUAAGUAAAAACAAGUAACUGGAGUACCAGUGAAAAUGUAUUUUAUCUUUUAUUUUUUUUGUCACUAUGUUGUCUUACAUUUUAAUGUUUUGUGAAUGUCUGUAAGUGUUGUGUGAUUGUUUUUUAAAUGUUUUGUGAAUGUUUUGUUUAAUUAAUAAUUUUUUUCAGUUGCAUCAUCGUGGUGAGAAAUAAUAUAUCUUUUUUAUAUUAAUAAUCAUUUAUUUUUUCAGGAAUAUGUAAUUUAGUAUAUUCUUAAUCUAGAAAUAAGUAUUUAUUAUACUGUAUUUAUCGUAUAUUGUUAAUUAUAGAAAUGUAUAAAAGCAUGAAAAAAUAGAAUAACGAAUAUUAACAGCAUUUUCUCUCUGUUACAGAAAAGUCGCAUAUUUUUAAAACCGUUCCGAAAUACGAAAAAUAUUUUUAUAAAAAACAUUUUUUUUUUUUUUGCAAUUAAUUAUAUCGGGAGUGUCCGUGAUCGUGUGUUUUUAAACCGUUCGAGUUCGCAAAAUAUUUCUAUAAAAAGUAUAAAUACUUUUAUUUUUCAAAAUUUAUGCCCCAUUAUUUUUUCAAUCAAUUUUGUCGGGAGUGUCCGUGGACGCGAGUUUUUAAACCGUUCGAGUUCGCAAAAUAUUUUUAUAAAAAGAGUAAAAAAUUUUUUUUUUAAUUUUUCAAAAUGUAUCCCUUCAAUUUUCUCGGAAGUGUUCGACUCCUUUGUCUAAAUUCGUGCAAUCAAUCAUUAUAAUGCAAUUUUAAUUCUUUUACUGAAAAUUAUUUAUAAAAUAACGACGGGAGUGUUUUUUUUCGGUAAUUAAUCAUUGUUCUUGAGCCGCCACUCCAGAAUGGAGGUCGUUUACAAACGAAUGCAGUUCUCAUCUGAAGGUCAGGAGGAUGCAGAGUAAAAGUGGCCCCCAGCAUAUAGUAGUUCUUUGAUGCAGACGAGGAUGCAGAAAAAGGAGGGAUUUCCGAGGGCUGCGUUCCAAAAGAGGCAAUGCAACCAUCGUUUCGUCGAGGGAAUCCGCAAUCGUUCUGCUGACAAACAAAUUGGAUCAAAUGAACUUGGGGGAAAAAUGUCAACAAUAAUAAAAAUUAAAUGACAAUGGGCUUUGGAUUUUUUGAAUUGUCACGUUAAGAUAGUAUGCCGCUUUGGCUGCUUGCUCUUGACGAACCAGCAUCAGAUCCAUGCGGUAGCAUCAAUUAAGGAACACGUUCCAUCGGGAUAAAAUCCGUUGGAUCGUAUUAGGGGAUGCUCGCACGUGGUAAGGCCUCAUCUAGAGCCGCAUUGGCUUCGACCUUGGCAGUUUCCACGGACGAACAACCCACUGUAGAAGGAGGUUUUACACAGUCCUUGUACCAAAAUACCAACAGGUUUAAUCCUAAUGGUGACUUUCCUGCAUCAGGAAUUAAUAAUCGCGAAGUAGAAUGGAUAGAACCAGAUUCCUUAGACGUUGAAGUAUCCGGAUUGGUUAACGCCAUAGCGUCAUCACAGAAUUCAAAAAAAUGUUAUCGAACAUCAACGAGUUCAGGAUAUUCGAGUCAUUCACCACCACUUUCAGCAACAUCCUAUACGUGCUGUGUUUCUGUUAUACCUCAACAACAAGGUGCAGUUGCUGCCUCAACCACUAAUCCUUUCAAGGAACAAGGACCAGGUUUAGCUGUGAUUCACGAGGGAAAAACAAUUCCAAGUCCAAUUUGGCCUUCUUUAGAUGAUAAUUCAAAAAAUAUUCAUUAUGGUGCCUGCGUAGAGCGUAACGGUGAAAUGAAAGGUGCGAUUCCUUGUUGCUGUUAUGGCUAUGCAUUUCCGCACCCUUAUUGCCAGUGGGAUCGUGAACAAACUUCCGGAACUGUAGCACGCGAAGUACUAAUGGAGUUAUCUCGAACAUUGAACUCUGUCUUGGAAGGUGAUACUGGAAUGACACCGGCAGAAGUUUUACGAGAUAUUUCUCGUACUAUUAAUCAGAGCAUUGAUUUGGAUAAAAAAACAUCUCUCGAGGAUUAUAUUUAUCGUAAUUCAUCAUCGUCAAGUGGCGUUAAAGAUUCAUUUCCCACUGAGAUGAAUCCUAUUAAUUCACGGGUUUAUAGUAAAAAUGAAAAUUAUCUUGGUAUGCAAAAUUCAUCGUGGAUGCAUUGUCAUUGUGAAAAAAAUUUUGUUAGUCAGGAUCUUCUUGCAACUCCUUUUGUAGAUCAAAAUAAUUCUCUUAUUGAUGGUAGUAGUGGUAGUGGUGAUAAAAAACGAAAAGACGCUAAUCCUGAAAUUCUUCUUGUUCCCGAAAAUCGAGGAUUUUUUUCAAAAAAUAUUCACUCUUAUAGUAAGAAAAAUUUUCAUAAAAAUUGUUCCUGUCAUGGAUUUAAUAAUUCGAAUGGUGUGACAAAAGCAAAAGAACCUGGGAAAGAUUCUUCGCAAUUGAAUACUGAUAGGGAUAAGUUUGAUUUAAAAAAGGAGUAUCCACAUGUGAGCCAUGGUUAUUCAAUGCAGUUAAAUUAUGGUGAGGAGGGAACGUCAAGCGAGGGAAAUAGUCGUUUGUCAUCAAAGGAUAGUUGGUGUCGAGAGUCUGGGAUAUUUGAAAAAAGUUUGAAUUUCACUUUAGAUGGAUCGAGAGCUGAAAGAUUACGUCGAACAAUUGAGGAAGCGAAACGAAGACGUCAAUGGUGUCGCGUAAUAAUUACACUCUUUGGAAUCAUCUUUUUUAUAUUAAGUGUCGUAAUUGUAUCUUUAUCAGUCACAAAAGGCCGGAAAGUAUUUGGCAGUAUGUGAAUUGAUUCAAAACAAUUUUGUGCAAUCAAAUAUUAAUAAUCAUUAUUAUAAUUAUUAUUAUAAAUGCGAAAUUAAUUAACUAAUUUUUAAAUAACAUCAUCUUCACUGUUAAGGCAUGUGAAGCAAGUAUUAUAUACGUAUACAUAUAGAAUUAACCAGGAUGUGAUAACAUUAUUUCGAACGUCUGGCAUUGUUUCUAAAAAUAUUUUUACAAUGAAAAUAAGUGAUUAAUUAAUUUUAAAGAUAGUAUUUUAUAAUUUGGGGCAAGUGUGUGUAUGAAAAAGUAAACUUUUUCAUGAAGAAAAAUUCUUUUUAGUAAAAAAUAACAGAAAAUUUAAAUAUUUUAGAUUGUAGAGAAAAUUUUAUUUUGAUGAAUUUUUAUCUCAAAUUUUUUAUAGAAUUUUCUUUACUAUUCUUGUGUAAAAAAUUUCUCUAUUGAAGCUUUUUACCCUAAAUUGUAAAAUACAUAAGUACUUUAGUACUAAUAUGAAUAUUUUUAGUAAAAUUUAAUAAUUACGAUAAUAUAAUUUAUAUGCAAUAUAAAAUUUUGUAUAUAUAUUUCAGUGAUAUAGAAGGUACAAUAUAGUUAUAGUCAUUUUCGAAGAAUUUC